AUGCCGACAAGCAGAGAUAGUAAACGCUGGUUUUUCGUUUUCCUGCUGUUCUCGUCUGGCGUACCGCGAGCUGAAAUACCAUCAUAUGACAACUUUCUUCGCUAUGGUUUCCGACUUACAUCUGUGAAGACCGGGUUUUCUAGGGAAUUGAUGCCGCCUUCUGUUUUGCACAGCACGGAUAAGUGGAUGAAUCCCUAUGUGUGGCAAUUAGUGAAGCAGCUCUGGCGUCAGCGACGAUUUUGGACAGCAUCUAGAGGUGUUGGAUUUUGGGAGAGAGAUGUGCGAGGUACGUGGAGGGAACAUGGGCUUGCUUUUCCUGAUUGGGAAGACAAACAGUAUCUGGACAGAUACAGAGUCACAAAAGCAACAUUCUGGUUUCUAUUUAGACGAUACGGCUGGCGUCUACAAAAGCAAAACACCAAUUUGAGGAAACCAAUAAAUACAGACAAGCGCUUUGCAAUUACUCUACACUGGCUUGCUCAUUCAACGUCUUUUUCAGAACUAUCUAUAAUCUACCGAGUUGCAAAAGCCUCUAUUGUGUCAAUUGUGCACGAGGGAAUGUAUGUGUUGCGUCGGUUUCUAGUUCCAGAUUCUAUUCGUUUUUCCACUGGAGAUGAACUGGACCAAGCUAUUGCUGACUUUGAAGCACUCUGUUGUUUGCCCCACUGUGGUGGAGCAUUAGAUGGGACUUUUAUGCGAAUAAAAAACCUAGCAAAUUUGGAAACAGCUAUUACUGUUACAAAAGAUUUCAUAGCAUCAUAGUGCUGGGGUGUGUUGAUGCCAGAGGAAUAUUUAUUUUAGUCAACUCUGAUCGGCCAGGGUCUUUUGGAGACUCAUACAAAUUCAGAAACAGUCAGCUGAAACAAAAUAUAGACA